UUAAAUUACGUCAGCAAUACGCGCCGCCAUGUGUGAACUCAGCUCGACGUUGACAUUCCUGUUUUCACUUGAUUGGCAUUUUGCUUUUAAUUAAAAUCCUGUAUUCGGUAUUAGACGUUCAUUUGCAUUUAAACUUGUUUUUCCUUUUUGAGGGGUGUUAUAAUAAAUAAUAAUAAUAGUAGUGAGUCGGUUUACGUUGCCCCUUUUAUCGACAGGACGUCCAAAUUAACAAAUGGAAGAUGACGACAGCGUUAAGGGCGAUGACAGCAAACUCCUAAAUAAUAAUAGUCACAAUAAUAAUACUAUUAAAACAGUGGACGGCGACAGAGAAGACGGAGAACCCACCGAGAAGCAACCUUUGUCCAAACGGCAAAAGAAGAAGCUUCUAAAGCAGCAGAAAUGGGAGGAGGAGAGGGAUCUGAGAAAGCAGAGGCGCAAGGACAGGAAGCAGCAGCGCCGCCUGCAAAGGCAAAUCGACCGUCAGGAGAACGAGGGCGAAGACCAAAGCAGGGCCAGGAAGCGACCGCGGCGGGAGGUCACGCCUGCCUCGCUCAGGCUGGUGGUGGACUGCAGUUUUGACGACCUCAUGUUGACCAAGGAUGUGCACAAGCUUCACAAGCAGAUCCAGAGGUGCUAUGCUGAAAACAGACGAGCCUCGCGACCAGUCCAGUUUUACCUGACAAGCCUUGGUGGACAACUUAAACAGAGUAUGGACGAAAAAGAUAAAGGAUGGAUCAACUGGAAGGAUAUCAGCAUUAAAUUGGAGCACUACAGCGAAGUGCUGGCCAAGGAGGAUGUGGUCUACCUGACGUCGGACUCCCCCAACGUGCUGACUGAACUGGACCACAGAAAGGCGUACGUGAUCGGCGGGCUGGUGGACCACAACCACCACAAGGGUAUCACCUUGGAGCGGGCCCAGGAUCAGGGGAUCUGCCACGCCCAGCUUCCCCUCAGCAGCUUUGUCCAGAUGAACAGUCGCAAAGUUCUAGCCGUCAACCACGUGUUCGAGAUCAUCCUGGCGUACGUGGAGAAAGGCAGCUGGCGGGACGCCUUCUUCUCCGUGCUGCCUCCGAGGAAAGGAGCCAAGGCCGUGGCUCGGGACCCGGGAGACGACGACCCCCGAGAAGAUGGACGAGAGGACCGAGCGGCCCUCCGCUCGGUCCUUGACGCGCCCCCAUCGACCGACAAGCCGUGAAUUAGCGGGCGAAUGACGAGCAUCGCACCUGGAGGAGAUCAUGAGCGCCGUCACCAGGGCCUGCGCCAUCCCCAGGGUGAACGCGUACGGGUUCUUCCUCACAAUGACGAAGAAGAUGAGCGGCAGACAGACGACGGCGUGGAUGGCGAGACUGUGCGAGAACAAACACGCACCAUAUUGGAAUCACACACCUGAGGAGGUCCAGCAGCGUGUCGACGGUUGUGACGUUGGGCGUGGUUCCGGCUCUGUCGAUGUGCUGCGCCGUUUGAGAGACUCCGGGCUUGAUCGUCAUCACCAAAAUAAUACCUGCCGAGGAUCCACAGAUGCCGCCCAAACUCCGGCUGACGGGCUCGACAGCGAACAGCAGCGGACGGAAGAUUCCAGUAAAGGUCCAAAAGGCAGGUGAGGGUCUUGGGGAGCUUGACGUCAGAAAAAGCAGGGUGGUAAACUGCUCAAGACGCUGCAGAGAAAGGUUAGCUGCUAACGGCUAGCUUGUUAGCUAUGUAGCAAAAAUUACAUUGAGAAAAAAAAAAUUAUUAUUACGGUUGGCGAUGUCGCAAUAUGAGGAUAAACUUGUAAUAUUACGAGGAAAAAAGUCAAUGUUGCGAGAAUAAAGUUUUAAUAUUACAAGAAAAAAAUGAUGCUACUUUGAGAAAAAUCGUAUAAACACGGACAGAGACGUUAGGUGAAUAAAGUUGGAAUAUUUUAAGGGAAAAGGUCAUAAUUUGACAAGAAUAAAGUUUUAAUUUCACGGAAAAAUACAUGAGGGAAAAAAAAUCCAGAGAAGUCAAUAUAUUAGAAUAAAGUUGUAAUAUUAUGAGAAAAAAAGUCAUAAAUGUUACAAAAAUAGUCAGAACAGUACGAGAAAAACCUUGCUACUAAUGGACGGGUUACUCAACAUGAGAAUAUUGCUGCAAUAUUACAAUGAAAAAAAAUGUACUGUCAAUAUGGAAAAAAAAACAUUACAGACAGAGAAGUCAUAACAUUGGAAUAAAGUUGUAAAAACAAUUUUUACGUAACAAGAAUUGAGUUUUAAUAUGAGAAAAAUCCAUAGUGUUACACUAAUAUAUUCAUUUUCGAACAAAAAGUGUGAGAUGUUGUGAGAAUAAAUUUGACAAAAAGUAAUAUCAUAGAAAUACAGCUGUAAUGUUAUGAGAAGAAAAGUCAUCCAAUUCUGACAAAAGGUCUGUGUUGGUUUUGUUGUUUUCAACAUCCAUCGAGUUAAACUCACCAAGGACGACGGCGAUAAUCGUCGUGGAGAAGUAAUAAAUGACAGCUCGCAGGCCGAUCUUGCCUGACACCUCCGAGUCCAGGGCCGCGACACCUGUUGUGCGUGCGCAGCAGAGACAUGACGCACGCCACGUACCGAAUUGUUCAGCAUUCACUGCUUGGAUCGUCGCCUCGCGCUUUUACCUGUUAUCAUGCUGGAAAUGAUCAGUGGGAGGAUGACCAGCUUAAGCAUUCGCAUUAGAAUCUCUCCCGGGAAGCCGAAAUACUGCUUGUGAAGAUGGGACAGGGAGGCGUACUCUCUUACGGCAACACCCAGACUGAUCCCUGCAAUAAGAAGCCGAUUGCCUGCUGAAUGUCACGACGAUACAGUACAAGAGCGAGAGACGCUCCAAUUGUAUAUACAUAACAGUACAAUCAGUAUUUUGUAGAAAUCUAGAGACAAAGGUCAUAAUGGCACGAGAGAUUAAAGACAUAAUCUUGUUAGGAUAAAGUUGGAAUCUUGCGAAAAUAGCCAAAGUGUUGCAAGGCUGGUAAAGAUUAUCGUUUGUCAUGUUACGAGAAUAAAAAUCCUGUGAUGGGAGCGAAGUCAUCAAUAAUCGCAUGAAAAUAAAGUUGCGAUAUCAGAAGGCGCAGUCUUCUAAGGAUAACGUCGUUAUGAUACGAAAACGUCCUGGUAUUACAAAAAUAAAGCAAAUAAAACCGCAAACUUGUGAAAAAUAAAACCGAAUCUUGCGGGAAUUAAGUCAUAAUGUUACGGGAGUAAAAUCGUGGCAACGACGUUACAACGAAUAUCUCUCAUGUUUCGAGAGUGCAGUCGUAUUCCAACAAAUAAUGUUAAUGUUAUGAGAAUAAAUUGUAAAUUCUGACUUUGACUUUGCAAGUACGUGGACUUUAUUGUGGUCAUAUUAUUUCCAAGCCCAAUCGCGAACACAUUUUUGCUGGCAUGCAGGAAAAAAGCCUGAGAGGAACUACGCCAUAAUAAAACAUUUAACCUACAAGCGCUGGUUGGAUGGUUGCAUCCUAAUUUUUUUUUUCAUACAUUUUGCAUGGCCCCCUGAGGACUUGAGAGGGAAAAGCCUCCCCCACUCUUCAUCUAAAGCAUCACGUAUGCGCUCGGCGUGCACUGCAAAAGAGGCUGAAGGCUAAAAUGGAGAUGGAUGCGCAUGGAAAAAGCGCCGAUGCAUACCGAGCAGGACCGAUGCCACCGUGGCGAUCAGCAGCCAGUUCUUCUUCAGCAAGCCUUUGCAGUUGACACGUCGCCGCUUUUUGUCACCCAUCAUGUCCAU